UAACAAAUGAUCGCAGGUGGCAACAUCUGUUUUUACCAUAUAAACGAUAGUUUUUGUAAUAAAUAAAUUAAGAAAAAGAAUUACAUUUCAUAAAACAAUAAUUAAGUUUGUUUUUAUAAAAAGAGAGGAUGUUUGAUAAAUUGUCAUGUUUAUUAUGUUUGGAAAAAAACGAUGUAUCAAAUGGUCAAAUCAAUAUUGAUACUGAUGAUCAACAAUCAGUAAAUGCUCGUGCAAUGGUGGAACAACAUUUCAAGGAAGAGCUCAGCAUGAUGCCCUAUCUUUCAAACAAAGUUGUAUGUCAACAAUGCUGGGAACUGUUACAAUCAUUUCAUGAGUUCUAUGUGCGCGUACAAAAUGCACAUUUGGCGGCAAGUAACACGCUCAAAUCCUUGCAAGAAUUGGAGAUAGCCGUUACUGAAAUAAAAACUGAACCCGAUGCAAUAGACGAGUUGGCUACUCCUCCCAAGCGUCGACGGGGACGACCGCGGCGCCAAAAGCCGGACGAAGAAGCUUCGGUUUUACAACCAACAAUUAUAUUAAAAGAGUGCAGUGUGCGAAUUGAACCAUUGAUUUUUCCUUAUAACGAUAACAUUAACAAAACACAAGAAUUAAACUCAGACUGUUUGGAUGUUAAGAGUGAAAUAAUGCCGGAGAAAGACGAAAGUGUUGAUCCAAUUUACACACCACAAAUGACUGGCGAUGAGAGCGACACUUUGGAUGUAGCGCCUGCCAGUCCUGUAAAGGAGUUGUGUGCACCACAAAGAAAAAAAACGGUCCGUACCAGAAAGCGAUAUAAACGGAAGCGAAACGAACCAAAACGGGAGAUUAAGCGUUUGAAUAAGCCACGACAUAAAACGUCGGAUUAUGACGAAUUUAUUGCAAAACAUUUUACAUUAACUUGCUUUCUUUGUCAAACUGAGCUUGAAAACUUUAGAGAGCUUAAAAUGCAUUAUCGUGAAAAACAUAAAACUAAUGGAUAUGUUAAAUGUUGUGGUAAAAAACUACUCAAACGCGGUGUACUUGUGGACCAUAUAAAAUUUCAUAACGACCCAGAAUACUUCAAGUGUCAACCUUGUGGGAAAACAUUUUCCGAUGCGCGUGGCCUAGAGACACAUCUACAAUUCUUUCACGGUUCUAGAGAACGUGUUUAUCAUUGUGAAAUUUGUUCGAAAGGAUUCUUUCGCCGUGAGUUACUCUCACGACACUAUGCUAUACAUGCAACUGAAGAACAGAAGAAUGUCAAGUGCCCUGAAUGUGAAAAGACAUUCUGCAGCGAAUAUAAAAUGCGUCAACAUUUGAAAAUAGUUCAUCUACAUUCGUAUGCGAAGAUAUGUGACAUUUGUGGCAAAUCUUUUCACGGAGGUGAAGCAUUCCGCCGGCAUCAGCAGGAGCACACUGGUUUGCCACGACCACUCAUUAAGUGUGAAUUAUGUAAUACUGAAUUGACGACAAAGUACGGACUAUCACGGCAUAUGAAAGUAAUGCACACCGUGGAAUAUCAAACGCCACAAGUUUGUCCAAUCUGCUCAAAAGUAUCACCAUCGCUACGUGCGCAUCAUACUCAUUUUAAAUUCAUGCAUGUGGCGGAGCGUAAACAUGUCUGCAAUAUGUGUGACAAAGCUUUCAAACGACCCAAAGACUUACGAGAACAUAUGACAACACAUACCGGGGAAGUUCUGUAUACUUGCACAUUUUGUCCACAAACAUUCAAUUCGAACGCCAAUAUGUAUGCACAUCGUAAGCGAAAGCAUCCUAAAGAAUGGGCAGAAAAAUGUGUAAAGAAAAAUACUUCCAUGGGCAUGGGACAACAGAUACAAAAACAGUUAGAAUCUAUAAUUGAAUCUGUGGAAGAUGCGGAUGUUACAAAAUAAAUGGAGAAGUAAAUGUAAUAUAGGUUUUAUUAUUCAAAUGUGCAGGGGUAAAAACAAUUGUUCAUAAAGCCACCACGAUUAGUUUAGUUUUUUUUAAUUAUAUACGUUCUUACAAUCAAUGUAGAUAAACAAAUCGAGCUGUUAAUUAUUACUUUCCUGUAAAAAAAUCUACUCAAACCGAUAACAUAGAAAAAAGUAUCGAUAUUCCGAUAAAUAAACAAACACUUGUAUCAUUU